AUGAGUAAAGUGAUGUGUGAAGAUCCAUCCUGCCAAAGAAGGCAAGAUAGACCAGAAGGCAAGAUGGACCAGGAAGCAAGAUGGACCAGAAGGCAAGAUGGACCAGGAAGCAAGAUGAUAGAACAAGAAGCAAGAUGGACCAGGAAGCACGGUGACCAGGAAUGCAAGAAGGAAAGCGAAGUCAUGAUUUGCCUCAGUUCCCUGAAAAGAUCUAUUUUAAAAGUCCUGGAAGACCCAUUGGGGAAACUGAAAUGCCUGGGUUCCUCUUGUCUCUCAUUAGAGUCGGAUCUGGAAGGCCUCGAUGAUCUAGGUACAGUUUACAGCAACAUUGGCCAGCAGCUGAAUGAGACAAUGCGGCGCCGCAGACAUGCGGGAGAGAACGAUUACAACAUCGAGGUGCUUCUGGGAGUGGAUGACUCUGUGGUCCGUUUCCAUGGCAAAGAGCAUGUCCAAAACUACCUCCUCACCCUGAUGAACAUUGUAAAUGAAAUCUAUCACGAUGAGUCCCUUGGAGUGCACAUAAAUGUGGUCCUGGUGCGAAUGAUUAUGCUCGGUUACGCAAAGUCUAUCAGCCUCAUUGAAAGGGGAAACCCGUCCAGGAGCCUGGAGAAUGUGUGUCGCUGGGCUUGCCAGCAACAAAAAUCCGAUCCCAACCAUGCUGAACACCAUGAUCAUGCAAUUUUCCUAACCAGGCAAGACUUUGGGCCUGCUGGAAUGCAAGGAUAUGCUCCCGUCACAGGCAUGUGUCACCCAGUGAGAAGUUGCACCCUGAAUCACGAAGAUGGUUUUUCAUCUGCUUUUGUAGUAGCCCAUGAGACCGGCCAUGUGUUGGGCAUGGAGCAUGACGGGCAAGGCAACCGGUGUGGCGAUGAGACCGCCAUGGGCAGUGUCAUGGCGCCCCUGGUGCAAGCUGCCUUUCAUCGCUACCACUGGUCCAGAUGCAGCGGUCAGGAACUGAAAAGAUAUAUCCAUUCCUACGACUGUCUCCUUGAUGACCCCUUUGAACACGAUUGGCCCAAACUCCCAGAACUUCCGGGGAUUAAUUAUUCCAUGGAUGAGCAAUGCCGUUUCGAUUUUGGUGUUGGCUACAAAAUGUGUACAGCGUUCCGAACCUUUGACCCGUGCAAGCAGCUGUGGUGUAGUCACCCCGAUAACCCAUACUUCUGUAAGACUAAGAAGGGGCCCCCGCUCGAUGGGACUGAGUGUUCUGCUGGGAAGUGGUGCUAUAAAGGACACUGCAUGUGGAAAAACGCUAACCAACAAAAGCAAGAUGGCAACUGGGGGUCUUGGACCAAAUUUGGCUCCUGUUCUAGGACAUGUGGAACUGGUGUUCGUUUUAGAACACGCCAGUGCAAUAAUCCCACGCCCAUCAAUGGUGGGCAGGACUGCCCUGGUGUUAAUUUUGAGUACCAGCUUUGUAAUACAGAAGAAUGCCAAAAGCACUUUGAGGACUUCAGGGCCCAGCAGUGCCAACAGCGUAACUCACACUUUGACUACCAGAAUACCAAACACCACUGGCUGCCGCAUGAACACCCCGACUCCAAGAAAAGAUGCCACCUGUACUGUCAGUCCAAAGAGACCGGGGACGUUGCCUACAUGAAACAACUGGUGCACGACGGGACACGCUGCUCGUACAAAGACCCGUACAGCAUAUGUGUGCGAGGAGAGUGUGUGAAAGUUGGCUGUGAUAAGGAAAUCGGCUCCAACAAGGUUGAGGAUAAGUGUGGGGUCUGUGGAGGGGACAAUUCCCACUGUCGAACUGUGAAGGGGACAUUUACCAGAACGCCCAGGAAACUUGGGUACCUUAAGAUGUUUGAUAUUCCCCCUGGGGCUAGACAUGUGUUAAUCCAAGAAGACGAGGCUUCUCCUCAUGUUCUUGCCAUUAAGAACCAAGCCACAGGUCACUACAUUUUAAAUGGCAAAGGGGAGGAAGCCAAGUCACGGACCUUCAUAGACCUUGGUGUGGAGUGGGAUUACAACAUUGAAGAUGACAUUGAAACUCUCCACACGGAUGGGCCACUACACGACCCCGUUAUUGUUCUGAUCAUACCUCAGGAGAACGACACGCGCUCUAGCCUGACAUAUAAGUACAUCAUCCAUGAAGACUCCGUGCCAACAAUCAACAGUAACAACGUCAUCCAGGAGGAGCUGGAUACCUUCGAGUGGGCGCUGAAGAGCUGGUCUCAGUGCUCCAAACCCUGUGGUGGAGGAUUCCAGUAUACGAAAUACGGAUGCCGAAGGAAAAGCGACAGUAAAAUGGUUCACCGCAGCUUCUGUGAGGUCAAUAAGAAGCCGAAACCCAUCAGACGCAUGUGCAACAUUCAGGAGUGCACACACCCGCUCUGGGCAGCGGAAGAGUGGGAACACUGCAGCCGAAGCUGUGGCAGCUCGGGGUACCAGCUACGCACCGUCCGCUGCCUCCAACCACUCCAGGAUGGUACCAACCGCUCAGUGCACAGCAGGUACUGCCUGGGAGAGCGACCGGAGAGCCGCCGGCCCUGUAAUAGAAUACCCUGCCCAGCCCAGUGGAAAACAGGGCCCUGGAAUGAGUGUUCGGUGACCUGCGGUGAGGGAACAGAGGUGAGACAGGUUCUCUGUAGGACUGGAGACCACUGUGAUGGGGAAAAGCCCGAGUCUGUCAGAGCCUGCCAGCUGCCUCCCUGUAAUGAUGAGCCGUGCUUGGGCGACAAGUCCAUAUUCUGUCAAAUGGAGGUGCUAGCAAGAUACUGCUCCAUACCAGGUUAUAACAAGCUGUGCUGUGAGUCAUGUAGCAAGCGCAGUGGUACCCUGCCACCGCCCUACCUGCAAGAAGCUGCUGAAAUCCACAGUGAUGCCAUCUUUGGCCCUAGUGACCUUCCUAGGUCCCUAGUGAUGCCCACACCCUUCCUCCCUUACUACUCAGGGUCCCGUGCCGAGAAGAAAUCCUUGAGUAGCGUCUCCUCUGUGGCAAAUCCCAGUGCAUAUGCUGCUUUCAGAACCAGCAGCAGAGGCAGUGUUAGCUUCCCCCGGAAGAAAGCACAAGAGGAUAGAAGAAAGACGCCAGUAUCAACACCACCCUCCUCAUUCAUAAAGACUGAUCACCUCCAUUCCUCUUCCCCUGUGGCUGCUGCCCCCUCCCCUGCUAUCACUGAUUCCAUAGGUGCUUCUCCCCAGACAAGAACCCCAAAGAAAGAUGGAAAGACUAUUAGCAGGAGACAUCCGAUCAGGUCAACCGCCUCAGAGAGAUGAGAAAGCCAGACUAGCAGAGCUAGAAGUCAAAGGGAAACCUGGACAGCCUCCUUCCCUGCAUGGUGCAUACAGCUUGUUAAAAAGCGGUACUCUCCACAAAAGGUUUACUCGCGUCCUCUGUACAUGGAAGGACAGGAAGUGCUGGUUCACUUUUUAGUUACUUCCACCCUCCUCCCGUUCCGCAUCGACUUGUUUACCAGAGUCCAUUGGAAGAAAGCGCCAAAGACUGUUUUCAGAAGGAAAGAGCCCAGUGGCCGGUGGCCCCUGCCUAGAAUGUCAGCAGUUGGGAAACUAAAGCUAGAGGUUGGCCGCCAGUCCCCGGGACAGCCAAGAACAACUCUCCCCAAAACAAAAGAAGGAACGGAAAGGGUUGCUCUCUAAGGAAGAGACUGGAGAUUGUGCAUAUCAACUGAUUCGUUCUUUUAAAAAGUUACAGUAAGAAUUAACCCAAACAAAUGCCAGUGGUUUACGCUUUGAGAAAUUUUGGAAAUAAUUCUUAGACUUGUACUCCUAUUUAUCUAUAUUAGAAAUACUGUACGAGCAAAUUUGCAACUGUCGUGUAAAUACUGUACAUUGCAGAAAUCAGUAUUAUUUUAAAAGAUGUUCUCAAAUGGUUGUUUACUAUCUUACGUGUCUGGGUGUUCUAGGGUGCCUGUCAUUGAGUAUUGCCUUACGUGACAUUCCAGGAGUUGAUUUCAAAGCAGAGUAGGAUGAAGAAGUU